AUGGCUCAAAAUAGUGUUCUCUUCACUACCAUCUCUUUGCUUAUUUUCUCUAUCUCUUCUCAUUGUCAAGACCUAACUACUUUGAAAGCUCUUUGUGAUGUCACUCCUCAUCCACUCGUCUGUAAAUCCAUCUUAUCCGUCGAGUUACCCACUUCAGUAUCCGAAUUCGCCAGUAUUGCCAUCCAAAAGUCUCUAGAAGCUUCCAGACACCUUCUCGCCUCCUUGGACGAGCAUUUCCCCACAUCAGGACCCCUUAAUGAUUGCCACUUACUAGGCGAUAUAACCGUUAUCCAGCUCUCACGUGCGUUCAAGAUAACCGCUGAAGGAAAUUUCUUGUUCGAGGUCAACGAUCUCCUCACGUUGCUUAGCGCUGCUAUGACCAACUACGAGACAUGCCUAGGCUCGUUUCAUGAUGUCAAGUCCGAGCAUGUUGUUAACGACCAACUUAACAUCCUCAUUCGUGUCGCGGACGGACAAAAGUUGAUUAGUGUUUCUCUUGCCUUGACCAAGGAGGCUUGGCUGACAUCUGGUGCUUCGUUGAAAAAGCCACCACCUAGGAUUCUGGCGGAGGAGAAAAAGUCUUCGUUGCCAGAUGUUUCGUAUGUGAAGGUGACGAAACGUGAGAGGAUGAUCUACGAGAGAGUUAAGGUUUUGGGACGAAAGCUUCUUCAGUCUUAUCCUGGAGGCAAUGGUGCCCUAAAAGUGGCCAAGACGGUGGUUGUUAACCCAAACGACGUCAAUGGUGAUGCCUUCAAAACCAUUAACGAUGCUGUAGCUGCUGCGCCGACGAAGGCAGAAUCCGAAAACGGAUACUUCGUGAUUUACGUCGUGGCCGGAGUUUACGAAGAGUAUGUCACGGUCCCUAGCAACAAAUCGUACGUGAUGAUUAUUGGUGAUGGCAUUGACAAAACAAUCAUCACCGGAAAUAGAAACGUCAUUGAUGGUUCCACCACCUUUGCUUCUGCUACACUCGCUGUUAUCGGAAGAGGCUUCAUGGCGGCAAACAUAACCGUGAGAAACACAGCGGGGCCUACAAAACACCAAGCAGUAGCUGUCCGCAACAGUGCUGACAUGUCAGCAUUUUACAAAUGUAGCUUCGAGGGAUACCAAGACACGCUCUACGCCCACUCACUUAGACAAUUCUACAGAGAAUGCGACAUCUACGGAACGGUAGAUUUCAUAUUUGGAAACGCAGCAACGGUUCUUCAAAACUGCAACAUCAUUCCUAGACUACCACUUCAAGGACAGUUCAACGCCAUAACGGCUCAAGGCAGGAGCGAUCCAAACCAGAAUACCGGGAUUUCGAUACAGAAUUGUAGAAUUAUACCGAGUGCUGAAUUGGUUUCAAGUAAUUACUCGGUUAAGACUUAUUUAGGUAGGCCGUGGAAGGAGUAUUCUAGGACGGUUUACUUGCAAAAUUUUAUGGAUGGGUUUAUUGAUGCUAAGGGAUGGAAUGAAUGGAUGGGUGAUUUUGCUUUAAAUACAUUGUAUUAUGCGGAGUUCAAUAAUACCGGACCGGGUUCAGAGACAGCUUACCGGGUUAAUUGGCCCGGUUAUCAUGUGAUCAAUGAAACUGAAGCUGUUUGGUUCACUGUCUCUAGCUUUAUAGUUGGAGAUAGCUGGUUGCCGAGCAUGGGAGUUCCGUACACCGGUGGGUUGAUGUAA